ACAUGCAUCGAAACCGUAAACAUCACCUGACAACUACCUGCGUGACGUCAGCCCCAACGCGUGCUGAUAGGUGCUUCCAAAAUGGGCGUCUUUAACGUCGUCUACACGUCCAAGGUUCCUCAAAAAAAAGUUCCUCAAAGGUUGCACAUACAGUCGGUCAGCGCUGGAGAUUGAACCAACAUCGCAGAGUGCGAGAAAUAGUAAGACAAACACGUCAAAAUGGAAUCCAUUUCGACUGACCAGAAUACACAGCCCACCCCUCAGCUGCUCUCAAUGGGAGAAAAGGAUAGUAAAAGGCUGCUGGAGGUGUAUGUAAAGCGAAGUCUCAGUCUUAACGAUGGAUCGCAAUGUCCUCUGAGGCAUGAGCAAAGAUCACGCAAAUGGGUUGCCCUCACAGAGCGCAAGCCUAGAAGUCGUAAACAUUCCAGCGACACAUCUCUGAACUUGACUUCACAAGCCUCCGUCUCAGAUGAAGACAUUAGAUACGAGCCUGUCUCUGAACCACCAAUGGAUAAAAAGGAGACGCCGUCUGAGAAGAAACACAAAAAGUGGAGAGUUAAAGGGAGUCUGCGCCGCAACGAUGGCUCUAAUGCAUCACAAAAGUCCAACAGCAAACCCAAGAAGAAGUUUCUACUUUUGGGCAAGGAGGAAGGUGGGAGAAGCACUGAUGCUUUAUCCCCACAAACAAGUACAGCUACUGAUGGAAAUAUGCAUUUAAAUGUGCAAGAAAAUUUGGAGAAUUCCUCAAUGGAAAAGAAGGACAGAGAAGGCAAGAAGACAAAGAAACCAACUGUAUGGAAGAGUUUCUUGAACUGGUUUUCCAAAGGAAACAGUGAAAAGGAGCAAGAUCAUCAGAGAACCGAAGAACAGCUCCCUCUUUCCCAUCCCUCAACACCCCAAAUCUCUUGUUUGCCUUUAGCUGACACCCUAUCAAAGAGCGAUGUCAACCUGCGCCGUUCAAAAUCUUCAAAAAAGAAAUCGUUGCACAGGAGAUCAUUAAAAUGGAGACGGAAUGAAGAUACCGCCACUGAAAGAUCUGUUGGGACAGUGGGGCCCACUAACUCAUACUAUGAGAAAAUGUCAGAGGAACUGGAGAAAAUUGUUCAUGAAGUGAAAGACAGUCCAACCGAUGACAGUGCCACUCAAAUAACAGACCAGGAUGGUGGUGUAAAUGUCUCGCAAGAAGAGGUUAUCAGGAAAAUCAUAGAACAUAUAAAACAGCAAGGAGACUUAAUAAAUAUCAAGCUGAAAGAGAACAGCACCGUAACCGCUUUUCUGAAUGGAAUCACCUAUAGAUCCUUCCAGCAAAUGGCAGAUCAGUACGUGCAGUCAGAAGUUCCCAGUAAUAAAACCCAGCCGCCUGUCGUAGCACCAGAGCUGGUGAAGUUUGCCUUCACUCUGGAUUUCACAGCCAGAGUUGCUAAUCUACACCGCCAAGCCACAGGCCAAAUCAUGGGCUUCGGGAACCAGUAUCUCCAAGAGCGCUUCACUCACAUGAGCGAAAACCAUCCGCAUCUCUUUGAUAUUAAAGCGGAGGAUUGGAAAACACAGAACUCUGAACAAGAAUUCAUUAGUUUGUAGAAGCAUGAGCUUCUAGUUGACACAGUUUUACUGUCGGAUUUACCUUUGAAAUGUAGCAAUGCAAAACAAGCCACAGAAGGAUUUUAAAAUAGUUUUUCGUUUCAAUUUGCACAAUAACACACCAGAAAGAACUGGGAUGGUAAUAUCAGAAAACAUUACUGUGAAAUGUUAUGUAGUUUUACGUCAUAAAAACCCUGAAUGAAGUUUAGAUUAGUAAUGUAUUUGCACAUUAAUGUUUUAUAUACAUUUUUCUGUCCAUAAAUUAUAACUACAAUUUAUAAGCUUUACACGCUAAACAUAAAUAUUUUAGAUAUGUUCCAACUGUAUAUGCAGGCAUAUGCAGAAUGUUUAAUAAUAAAUAUGAAAUACAUUGAAUAAACACAUUUUGUCAA